CCAAAACAUUUUUUAUCUAUAUAUAGAGUUGCUUAUUCUUGUCAUUUUGAAAUACUAAUCUCAUACAUUGCAUACAUCUUCGUUAGCAAUGGCUCCGAUUAUUAUCUUAAUUCUAACCAUUUUUUUGAGUUCCAGAACUUCAGGAGCCACAUCUCGUGGUGACCUCUUUGAAGCUUCCGCCAUAGAGAAACAUGAGCAAUGGAUGACUCGAUUCCAACGUGUUUACCCCGAUGAAUCAGAAAAGAGAAAUAGGUUUGAAGUCUUCAAGAAGAACUUGGAGUUUGUCCAGCGCUUCAACAUGAAUAAGAACGUAACAUACAAGUUGGAUGUCAACGAGUUCUCGGAUCUCACUGAUGAAGAAUUUCAGGCGACACUCACGGGACUAGUUGUGCCCGAGGAUAUAUACCGAAUGUCAACAGAGAAGUCUGUCAACAUAGUGCCGUUUAAAUAUGGGAACGUUAGCAAUCUUGGCGAAAGCAUGGAUUGGAGACAGGAAGGGGCCGUAACGCCCGUUAAGUAUCAAGGCGCAUGCGGAGGUUGCUGGGCAUUUUCUGCCGUGGCCGCAGUGGAAGGCAUUACAAGGAUAACCAAAGGCAGGCUUGUAACGUUAUCGGAGCAACAACUCUUAGACUGUGCCACAGACUACAAUCAAGGAUGUAGCGGAGGGAUAAUGUCAAAAGCUUUCGAGUACAUAAUCAAAAACCAAGGCAUUACAACUGAGGAUAACUACCCAUACCAAGAAUCACAACAAACAUGUCAUCAGAGCACUCAAUCAUUGGCUUUCCCGGCUGCCACAAUCAGCGGAUAUGAGACGGUUCCUAUGAAUAACGAGGAAGCAUUGCUACAAGCGGUGUCUCAACAGCCUGUUUCUGUGGGGAUAGAGGGAACUGGAGCUGCAUUUAGGCACUACUCGGGAGGGAUAUUCGAUGGAGAGUGUGGGACGGAUUUGCAUCAUGCUGUCACGAUUGUUGGUUACGGAGUGAGUGAAGAAGGGACUAAAUAUUGGGUGGUGAAGAAUUCAUGGGGAGAAACUUGGGGAGAAGCUGGGUACAUGCGGAUCAAGAGAGAUGUGAAUGCACCCGAAGGAAUGUGUGGUUUGGCCAUGUAUGCUUACUAUCCACUUGCUUGAAUAUGUGCAGAUCAAUAGGUGCAUUUCAACUAAUUGAAAACUAAAUGUAUGGAACAUUAUUGCGCCUACAAUUUUCGUGCAAAUGGAUUUACCUUUUUGGACUUAUGAGUAAAGAAUAAAAACACUGAUCAUAUAUAUC